GAGUGAUUCAAAAAGAAUAUUCCAGAAAUAAUAUUGUUUCCAGAUUCUUUAAUAGCUUCUAUUUAUCAGAUGAAUGGCACUUUUUUUUCUAGCACAGCUCGACCUUCACCUACAGAGGUACUAUGCUUAUAUACUAUUCUAGCAACAAUGGGAUUGAUAGUAUCAAUAUAAUGUUAUCGGUAAACAUUUGAUAGAUUAAGACAUUUUUCAGAAUAAUAGGACAAACUUGCAAGAUAUAUAUUGAUAUUAUUGGAACAAAUGAUAUUGAUAAAUGAGCUGAAGCUGAAGCGAAAUGAAAACUUUAAUGAUUCUUCUGUUGACAAGUUAUGUCAUUGCAAAACAUGAGAUCAAAAAUGAGCAACGAUCUAGUAUAGACGAUCUUGUCAAAAGAAUCAAAGACGCUAUACCAGAACCCAUAGAACUGGAGAAAAUCGACUUGAUGGUACCUAAAAAUAUUAGCUUAAUUUCGGGGUCAUUCAAUGUAACCAACUUCACUGCUUCAGGAUUGAAAGCAUUCACGUUUGAACGUCAUCCUGCCUUCCUCCCUAUCCCUACUUCUCUAGUGAUAGGCUUAAAGGCAUUAUCUUUGGAUACAAAAUAUGCCAUGGAUCUUCCCCUUUUAAAAAUUCCACUGUUAAGCGUCUUUGGUGAUGGAGCUAUCAGGCUUGUUGUGCCGAAUAUCGAAAUUAAAAUUGCCUUCGAUUUUAUUGGAGCCUUGAGUGGGAAAUAUAUCAAAACGUUCAACUUGGCUACAGAUGAUUUUGGACUUAGUAUCACUGGGGUUUUUGACGACGAUGGCCUCAGCAAACAAAUUGCAGAUAGCAUCGCAAGAACGGUAAAAGAAACAUCUAAGAAGUACAGCAAAGAUAUCUUCAAAGUCAUACGGAAUGUACUCAAUAAGGUUAUACAUAGUGUCAUCCAUAGGAACAAAACUAUAUCAAUAACGGAGGCUGCAGAAAUUUCCUAAGAGAAGAGCUGUUCUCUGAGUAUCUGGAAGCACUAAUUAGAUCACCGCUUUGGAAACCUGAUGACGACAUUCUUUGACAAUUACUAUCAACCUUGAUCACUUAAGAUUUCAUUGAACAAAUAAAGAUUUGUUGUUUUGUUGACUGUGACAAUGAAUUUCACUUGGAGUACCUUUCAUACAUUACAAAACUGUAGUACUUGUAUGAUUCAAACUAAGUUGUGUUAGUUACCUACAUUUUCAAAUGAUGAAAACAUUCAAACUGUAACCAGCUCACCAUAUAACACAUAAGUAAAUAACACAAAAGCUGUUCGCCCUUUAUCAUUUAUCGAUUUGUUAUCAUUCAAGCAUAGCUAUUCCAAGCAAAUGCAAACAAGUACCGCAAUGCUGUCUUAAAAUAGAAAUUAAUGUAAGUUGUGCAUGAGAAGAUAACCUAUACGAAAACCGUGACAGAUCGUUCAAAGGUAAAAUUAAUGAUGAGUUAACUAACAGUACCUGUAUGAAUUCAUAUACAGGGUGACUUCGAAGUUGAGUCAUUUAUUUUAACAGUGAGUAGAUCUGAUCAAAAGAAAUGUUUUUUCCUUU